UUUUGCCGACUCAAUGCAUAAUCCCUUCGUUAUUUUAUACUUGCGCUCCGAUUGAUCUUUGAGAUUGUGAUUGAAUUUCAUCCCAGAAAUUUCAGAUACGAAAUAAAGGAUUAAACCUAUCAAAUUGGAUACCGGAGCUAGGGUUUUGGAACACUACUGACCUACUGAGAUAGUUUAAUUUCGAAGCUAUCAGCAAUGGCGUCGUUGGACCCUGAGAUUUCGAAGACGCAGGAAGAGCGGAAGAAGUUGGAGCAGCAGUUGGCAUCUCUCACGUCGGUGACCUUCGAUACGGAUCUCUAUGGCGGGAGCGACAAAGAUGCCUAUCUCACUUCUAUCCCAGCGAACGAGGAUGAGGAGAAUCUUGAUGCUAUGGACAACGAGGUUGCUCGGAAAUUGGCGUCUUACACUGCUCCGAAAUCCUUGAUGAAGGAUAUGCCCGGUGUCGGUGAUGCAGAUGCGGAUGUUGGAUUCAGGAAGCCGCAGAGAAUUAUUGAUCGAGAAGAUGAUUAUAGGCAGAGGAGGUUGAAUCGGAUUAUAUCGCCGGAGCGGCACGAUCCUUUUGCUGCUGGUGAAAAGACCCCUGACCCGGCAGUGAGGACGUAUGCGGAUGUGAUGAGGGAGGAGGCGUUGAAGAGGGAGAAAGAGGAGACUCUGAGGGCUAUUGCGAAGAAGAAGAAGGAGGAAGAAGAAGCGGCUAAGGCUGCUCCGGAGAAGGGGAAGGAAGCUGAUGCUGCGGCAGCGCCUAAGAGAAGAAAUAGAUGGGACCAGUCUCAGGAUGAAGGGGCGAAGAAGGCGAAGACUUCAGACUGGGAUAUGCCCGAUACAACACCUGGUAGAUGGGAUGCAACUCCCACCCCUGGGAGAGUGACGGAUGCGACACCAGGAAGGAGGAAUAGGUGGGAUGAAACUCCUACACCUGGAAGACUGGCUGAUUCUGAUGCGACUCCGGCCGGUGGUGCUACACCUGGUGCAACCCCUGCUGGUAUGACUUGGGAUGCCACCCCAAAACUUUCUGGCAUGGCUACGCCAACUCCUAAGAGGCAGAGAUCAAGAUGGGAUGAGACACCUGCUACAAUGGGUAGUGCGACACCGCUGCCAGGUGCCACACCCGCCGCUGCUUAUACACCAGGCGUAACUCCGGUUGGAGGAGUUGAGUUGGCUACUCCAACUCCUGGGGCAAUUAACUUGCGGGGUGCUAUUACUCCAGAGCAAUAUAAUUUAUUGAGAUGGGAGAGGGAUAUUGAAGAGAGGAAUCGUCCAUUAACAGACGAGGAACUUGAUGCCAUGUUUCCCCAAGAAGGAUAUAAGAUAUUGGAGCCUCCUGCUUCAUAUGUGCCUAUUAGAACACCUGCGAGGAAGCUUCUUGCUACCCCAACUCCGCUGGGGACCCCUCUUUAUCAAAUCCCAGAGGAGAACCGUGGUCAGCAGUUUGAUGUUCCCAAGGAAGCACCUGGUGGUUUGCCAUUCAUGAAACCUGAAGAUUACCAAUACUUUGGGGCAUUGUUGAAUGAAGAAAAUGAAGAGGAAUUGUCACCAGAAGAACAAAAGGAGCGUAAGAUUAUGAAGCUUCUGCUUAAAGUUAAGAAUGGAACGCCACCACAAAGGAAAACUGCGUUAAGACAGCUUACAGACAAAGCACGUGAGUUUGGAGCAGGGCCAUUGUUUAACAGGAUCCUACCAUUGCUCAUGCAACCUACUCUUGAGGAUCAAGAAAGGCAUCUUUUGGUUAAGGUUAUUGAUAGAGUUCUGUAUAAAUUGGAUGAGCUGGUUAGGCCUUAUGUCCAUAAGAUUCUUGUUGUUAUUGAACCUCUACUAAUUGAUGAAGAUUACUACGCACGUGUGGAGGGCAGGGAAAUCAUCUCCAAUCUGAGUAAAGCGGCUGGCUUGGCCACAAUGAUUGCAGCAAUGCGGCCUGAUAUUGACAAUAUUGAUGAAUAUGUUAGGAACACUACUGCCAGAGCUUUCAGUGUUGUUGCCUCUGCACUUGGUAUUCCUGCACUCUUACCCUUCUUGAAGGCUGUGUGUCAGAGUAAGAAAUCAUGGCAAGCCCGGCAUACUGGGAUUAAGAUUGUUCAACAGAUAGCCAUCUUGAUUGGUUGUGCCGUCUUGCCACAUUUGAGGUCUCUUGUGGAAAUUAUAGAGCAUGGACUGAAUGAUGAGAAUCAGAAGGUGAGAACAAUCACUGCAUUGUCACUUGCUGCUCUAGCUGAGGCUGCUGCUCCUUAUGGAAUUGAAAGUUUUGACUCUGUACUGAAGCCUCUGUGGAAGGGUAUAAGACAGCACCGUGGAAAGGUGUUGGCUGCAUUUCUGAAGGCCAUCGGUUUUAUUAUUCCUUUGAUGGAAGCUCUGUAUGCCAGUUACUAUACCAAGGAAGUCAUGCUGAUUUUGAUUCGUGAAUUCCAGUCACCUGAUGAAGAAAUGAAGAAAAUUGUUUUGAAAGUGGUGAAGCAGUGUGUUAGCACUGAGGGUGUGGAGGCUGAUUAUAUUAGGAAUGAUAUUCUGCCAGAGUUUUUCAGGAAUUUCUGGGUUAGGAGGAUGGCUUUGGAUAGAAGAAACUAUAGGCAACUUGUAGAUACAACUGUAGAGAUAGCCAACAAAGUUGGUGUUGCUGAUAUAGUUGGGAGAAUUGUUGAGGACCUUAAAGAUGAAAGUGAACCUUACAGGCGAAUGGUGAUGGAAACUAUUGAAAAGGUUGUUACUAACCUGGGUGCAGCUGACAUAGAUUCUCGCUUGGAAGAGCUACUGAUCGAUGGUAUUCUUUAUGCAUUCCAAGAGCAAACCAGUGAUGAUGCUAAUGUGAUGCUUAACGGAUUUGGUGCAGUUGUGAAUGCUCUUGGGCAGAGAGUGAAACCUUAUCUUCCUCAGAUUUGUGGUACCAUCAAGUGGCGGUUAAAUAACAAGAGUGCAAAGGUGAGGCAGCAAGCAGCGGAUCUUAUUUCAAGAAUUGCUGUGGUCAUGAAGCAGUGCCAAGAAGAACAAUUGAUGGGCCAUCUUGGUGUUGUAUUGUACGAGUAUCUGGGAGAAGAGUAUCCUGAAGUUUUAGGAUCAAUUCUUGGAGCACUCAAGUCCAUUGUCAAUGUUAUAGGUAUGACGAAGAUGACUCCGCCUAUCAAGGAUCUGCUACCACGGUUAACCCCAAUUUUGAAGAACAGGCAUGAGAAGGUCCAGGAGAACUGUAUUGAUCUUGUAGGUAGAAUUGCUGACCGUGGGGCAGAGUUUGUGCCUGCAAGAGAGUGGAUGAGAAUCUGUUUUGAGCUUCUUGAGAUGCUUAAGGCACACAAGAAGGGAAUUCGUCGUGCUACAGUGAACACUUUUGGAUAUAUUGCCAAAGCCAUUGGACCACAGGAUGUCCUGGCCACUCUAUUGAAUAACCUCAAGGUGCAGGAGAGGCAAAAUCGUGUUUGCACGACUGUCGCUAUUGCUAUAGUUGCUGAAACCUGUUCACCCUUUACAGUCCUGCCUGCUUUGAUGAACGAGUAUCGUGUGCCAGAGCUCAACGUCCAAAAUGGUGUCCUGAAAUCCCUCUCUUUCCUGUUCGAGUACAUUGGUGAAAUGGGAAAAGACUACAUCUAUGCUGUGACUCCAUUACUUGAGGAUGCCCUCAUGGACAGGGAUUUGGUUCACAGGCAGACUGCUGCUUCUGCUGUGAAGCACAUGGCUUUGGGUGUGGCUGGUCUGGGUUGUGAAGAUGCUCUGGUCCAUUUGCUGAACUAUGUCUGGCCAAACAUAUUUGAGACCUCUCCUCAUGUCAUAAACGCUGUUAUGGAAGCCAUUGAAGGAAUGAGGGUAGCUUUGGGUGCUGCCGUUAUUCUCAAUUACUGUCUCCAAGGGCUGUUUCACCCAGCACGUAAGGUUAGGGAAGUGUAUUGGAAGAUCUACAACUCACUUUACAUCGGAGCUCAGGAUGCUCUUGUAGCUGCUUACCCCAUCCUGGAGGACGAGCAGAACAAUGUAUACAGUAGACCAGAAUUGAUGAUGUUCUUUUAAACUGCAGUUUUAAGAUGAUGGACACCAUCCUCGAACAGAGGCACUAUUAAUACUAGUUUGUUUAGUAAGUAAUGGCCAUAUGAGCACGUAUUCAUGAUCAUUAGAACAUUUUGACCUCGUUGUGUCGGUGGUUAGAUAUUUCUCUUUGUGCAACAAUGCAUGUCUGAUAUUUCUUCUCAACAAGGGCAUUCCGUUUACUAUU